UAUUUGGAUACUUAAUACGGACAUGGCAAAUAUUCCCUCCACGUGCUCAGCUUUGUGACGCUGAUGUUGCUCCGCCCUCACCUUCUUCCUCUCCUCCUCCUCCUCUUCUUCCUCCUCUCUCGGGUCUCCAGUUGCUGUGUGAGCUCCGUGUUUACUCUCAGGACAGGACCGCCCCUCCCCUCGGCCUCUGCUCCCCCCCUCGCCCCUCCCGCACCGACAUGCCGCCCGACACGCAGGUGAGCCGCUUCCCUCUCAGACUCGUCGCGGAUCAUCUCGAGCGGCUGGAAGCGGCGCGCGGCGCUCCAAGUUCCCUGCACGAUCGUAAGGAUUCGGGAACCGCCGAGCGUCGGAGCAGGAGGGCGGGCUGGAAAAGGCGACAGUGUGGACGGGAAGGUGUGCAGUGUGUUAUCGGAGACUUGUAUACUUGACAUGUGUUUACCGAGUGAGACGGUAACCUGAGUCCUGUCACAGGGGUGUCCAGUAUGCACGCUGUUGCAUCACAGCUUUUAGGCAAGACUGAUGUUAGAGGCAGCUGUUGCCACCCUGCUGUUGCAGCCAUGCUGCUCCUGCUGUGUCUUGGCUUUAUUCCCACAGUGGCCCCUUGCCCAAAACACUGCCUUUGUGCCAGUGAUAUCAUUUCCUGCAGUGGGAGCAAUCUGUCCGCGUUACCCUUUGGUCUUCCAAGCUAUGCCACGAGGCUGGAUCUGAGCCACAACGCCCUGAGAACCGUGCAGGUGGACUGGGUUUCCCAACCGUUUCAGCGGCUCACCACGCUGGUUCUCAGCUGGAAUGCCAUAAGUCAAAUCGAGAUGAAAGCCUUCACUGCGACACCACGUCUCCUCCUUUUGGACCUUUCAUCAAACCAGUUGAGAGUUCUGAACUCAUCUGUCUUCAGCGGGCUGACAGAACUUAAAGAGCUGCUCCUGAUCGGAAACCAGAUUGCCCAAAUAAUGCCGGGGGCCUUUAGUGAUGUCAACAGUCUGCAGAGACUUUACCUCUCCGCAAACAGACUAACAUCCUUCCCCCUGAGACUUUUUGAGGACCCUAGAGGACCACGUAACCUGACCUUCCUGGAUCUGUCAUACAACAGGCUGUCCAAGUUACCUGUCCAGAGCCUGCUGUCUCUUAGCCGCCAUGCUGGAAUAUAUUUGCAGGAAAAUCCUUUGCUGUGCGACUGUGCAUUGAUUGCUUUGCUUGAAUACUUGCUUUGGAAACAGUAUCGCCCACUGGUGGAUUUCCAAGUUGGAUACCAAUGUAGAGGCACUGCAGUUCAAGAGGUUAAUUGUACACAUCAGGAUUUGUCAGACAUACACCUGGAGGCACAAAGCUAUCGCGUAGAACCUGGCGAUUGGCUAAGAGUACCAUGUCCUGGAUUAGGUCUUCCUGUCCAGCAAGGGUUGAUUGUCUUCUGGGUUACCCCAAGAACAGCACUGAAUUCCUCAGCAAGUGAUCUGAGUUCUCAUCUAUCGGUUUUUCCCAACGGCACGCUUGAAAUCCAAGGAGUGCGAAUGGAAGACUCUGGCAUAUACGAGUGUGUGGUUGCUCGGGGACGCUCCUACGAUUCAGGUGAAUCUCCAGAAGUCAGGAUCAUGGUCGGUAACUCAAGUGUCUCCUCCACCACGGGCUUAGCUCGUCGCAGCAGCAGUGAACAUUUCAACACGGCGUUCACCACCCUUGCUUCCUGUGUGAUCAGCAUCAUACUGGUCCUGCUCUACCUCUACCUCACUCCCUGCCAAUGUCGGGAAAGUCGGGGUGGUGGCUCCAGGGGCUGUGGCGCACGGGCCAUCAUUCUCUGUUCUGACCCCAGAGAGGUAGAAUCAGGACAAAGGCGUGCCAACGGAAAGAGGGUAGCGUUCUUAGAGCCUCAGGCAGAGGACUCGGAUAUUAGUGUCCCAAAAACACCGGUGAUGACAUUGGAUCACAUUUCCACUGAGGGAAUUCUCAAAAAUGGAAGUAGGACAGUGGGACACACCCUCACAGACCCUGCUCAUGAGGUAUAGUGAGGGAAAAGCACCUUCUUAACAACAUUGUACUGUUGAAAGUCUUAUUUUGUGUAUUUGAAGUGGAAGAAAAAAAAAACAUAUGUAAAAUGUGAGUUAUGUGAAGUAGCUGUUCAUUCUGGGUUGGGGAAUUUGUCUCAAAUGCAGUCCUUUAACAAAGUAGAAUUUAAAUUAUGUCUAUUCUCUGUGUGGUGUCUGUUUUAUAUUCAGAGUUCAUAUGGAAAUGUCCCAGUUAUCUCUGAGAAUUGUUCAUGCAUGGAUCACAGAGAUCAUAGAAACGUGGGAGGGCUCUUUAAAUUGGGCCAGUAGGGAUAUUUUCACACCUGACUGAUGAGUGGAGUUGGAGGACUUUAUCUGUCUAGCAUGUGUUCUGGAUAAAAUUAUAGUUUGUCCUUUUUUGUUAACUUUGUUUUUGAUAACUUUGUUGUCUCAUAAAACUUGUCAUUUUAAAAUAUUCCUUUUUGGUUCAGCUGUAAAUGUAUAAAUGUUUCAAAUCAUCAGUCAAAUUUUAAUAUUAAACACAUCCCAUAAAUUAACACAUACUGUAGUUUUGAAAUGGCCAUUAUUUAAAUAAAAAUCUAUCGGAACCAGCCAGACCACAACCCUAAAGGUGAAAAAAUAAAUAUCCCCUUUACCUAAUAACUGUUGUUAUUAGGCAAUCAAUAAUUUGCAUUAAUCUGAAAUGAGUCUUUUACAAAUAAACAUUGAAUUGUUUUAUUCUGCCAUAUUGGAAGGUUCUUGAGCGACCUAAGGUUGUGAUGCAGAAUCUCAAUCAGUAAACCAGUAAAUUUGAACUCCGCUUUGUAAAUAAGAAAAUGUGUUAAACAUAUAAAGUUUAUUAUUUUACAAAGCAUGCAGUUACUUUUUCACAUAGGGCCAUUUGUUUUAAAUAACUGUCAUCUUUUAAUAAAACGAACUCAUCUGUGGGAAACUGACUUUGCAUGCAACAAAAUGAUCUUUGAUAUUGGAAUUAGCUUGAUGAUCUGAAACACUCUUGGGUGGCGAAAAAAGCAAAGACUGAAAUGGGCAAAUAUUUUUCCACAGCACUGUUUUUACAUGCAGUUGUUUUAACUGGAAACCUCAUCUGUUAUGCUUUUUAUUAGCUCUUUCCAUUUAACUAAACUGGAAUUCAGCAUGGGCUCAGAAUUACAUACAAGAUAUGUGUAUUAUUUUCACAUAAAAGUGGGCCCAGUGACUCUCAAAUGACAAGGUCAGUGAAAAUUGCUGCUUGCAAAUUUUCAUAGUAAUGUGGGACUGUGGUGCUCGAUUUGCAGAGAAACAGACACAACGCUAAAACAUGUAGGAGUAAUUUUUUGCACAUUGGUGUGAAUAUGAUCAUGAAGAGUGCCUUUUAUGAGAAGCUCAGAUUUGGUUUCAGUGAAGUGUAGUUUAGUGGGAACUUGUCCGGAAAAAUGAUGCAGCUGUGUUUAAACAACAGAUGAACGGCUUCCUCACAGACAAAGUCUGUAUUUCCACCACUCAACGUUUUCAUUGUUCAACUGCAGGGCUUUCCACUGGCCUAGACUGUUGAUCACUCUUUGGCUAAGAGUUUUACAAGCCAAAUCAAUAGAUCACAUUUCGAACUCACUUGCAAGAAAAACAACAGAAAUGCACUUUUGCCCGUACCGUAGAGAAAAUGAUUAUUUGUGAGGAGUUUGAGGAGGCAACACUGAAGGAGCAACAGUGCCAAAGGCAGUAGCUAGGACGUCAAAAGUCACCAGACAGCGUUUGCCACCAAUAUUUUUGUCUUUAAUAUUUCUGCUAAACCCCCAUUGUUUUCAAGAAACAAGAAACCAGCUUAUGAAUACCUUUGGAGCCCAUCUGGGUAUGAAAUUUUGUGAAAAACGGGUGGUAAAUUGUACUGAGAAGUUUUUGAAUGGUACUCUGAUUUUUAUAUAGGUUUGAUGAAGGGAAAAUCUAUGGAUGUUGCGCUCUUGUGGUUAGCUAAAUUGGUGUUGAGUUAUUUUCGGUGUUGAGUCCCAGACUUAUGGCCUUUUGUUUUUUGUUUCUUUAUCUUGUGUCUUCCUCCUCAUUUCACUUCAUAUAGACGCUAGCAUGUUGCGUGACCUCAAAAACUGUUUACAUGAACAUGUUACAGGAAUCCUCAUAGCAAAGUCCAAGGCUUUGCUUUGGUGAUUUUUAGCAAUUGAGCUGGAGUCAUUGGGUGAUUCUUUACAACACAUCCUACCAACAUUUAGUUUGUUGAUUGGGGAUUUUUUGCUUUUAACAUUUCAUUUAUUUACCUACAUUGUCUUUGGCAGUCAUUGUGCAGUAUACUUCCAGUUUCAACAUCACCGCUGAAAUGAUGCAUGGAGAAAAAGAAGUGAAGUUAAAUUUUUUGUUUUGAAGCUGUCAAAAUAACCCAAUGUAAUUUUAGAAGGCAGGCGUUUAAGAUUAGUGAUAAAAAUCUAAAUCUGUGUUUUGUGUCAAUACAUUAGAGUUUACAGACUGUUUUUAUAAGUGUAGAAUGUCAACAAUUGUAAAUGUCAUUGAUUAGUCCUUAACAACUAACUGACUGUGUCCUGUUUGUACAUUAAAUGUUGAAGACGUCUCACGCUAGAAAUGACACCUUUGACAUUACCACGAUUUAUCAGAACCAUUUGACUGAAUACUAACAGGACAUGUUUAAAUCAGUUAAGAGGUACAACAGGGUUUUCUGUUUCCACUGUCCUAUGUGCACAACGUAUAUCUGCUUGCCAUUAGUUGCGCUUUCAUUGACGAUAUAAUUGUGCAGGAUGACAUUUCAAAAAUAAAUUUUCUUAAU